AUUGAGUGCAGAUUUUCUGGAGAGGGUGUUCCGAGAAGGCUCUUUUUGCGUCAUUGUUUCGCAGAGCCCCCGGCGGCUAUGGCGAAGUCUGCGUCGAGCUGGUCCUCUGUUUAUUCCUGCUUGGAUCUUUCGAAAUGAUCACCCUAGCUGCUGCCUUCCGCCUGUAGUGUUGUAAGAUAUUGUGGAGAUGUGACGUCACUGCGUCGAAGGAGUCUGGAAAGGAAGUUGAGCUGCAGAUUUGAAGACUUAGAUCCUACAAACAGGAUCCUGGCGUGAGGAUGAGUGAUCGACACUUCGCUGUCUAGAUAUAGUUAGGGUUCGCUUCCUCAUUCUCGCAUUGGGAGAGCUUCAAUGUGGGCAAGUGUACAAUAUUGCAUUCGAUCUGGACCGCCACAUGAUAGCUCUAAGUUUAAUUCAGAGCACUUAGUUUGAGAGCUGAAGAAAUCCUAGAACUGCAGACCGAGAGCUAUGGCGAAUGCUGAGGUGUUCGACUCAUUUUUUCGAAGGGCGGAUCUGGACCGAGAUGGUCGUAUUAGUGGCAGUGAGGCUGUUGGAUUUUUUCAGGGGUCCGGCCUGCCGCAAGCUACACUUGCCAAGAUUUGGCAAUUUAUAGAUCAAAAUCGUGCGGGCUUCCUUUCACGUCAGGAGUUUAUCAACGCGUUGAAACUUGUGACGGUGGCACAGACAGGGAGAGAACUUACUCCAGAGCUGGUGAAAGCUGCCCUAAAUGGUCCUACAGCUUCACAAAUCCCCCCUCCUCGUAUCAAUAUACCAACACCACCUCCCUCUAAUUUUGGUCAGACUCCUCCAGCUCAGACUCCACUUACAGCCCCACAAGUUAAUUAUGGACAGCAGUUCCCGGGCCAAAGCGGUCAUGGUCAGAAAUUUGGUUCACAGGGAGGGUUGGGCCUAUCGCACUCUUCACUGGACAGUGGUAUUUCACCAGGGUCUCAGCUUCAAGGACGUCCCUCUUCUGUUGGAAGUGUGCCUCAAGGGGGAUCUAUAACGCAAGUACCACCCAGGCCAGGUUUUUCUGCUGGUGCUCCGGGAGUGACACAGACCAGGCCUACUUUAGGGGGUCUGAUGGGAAGUUCCUCUCUUCCGUCUGGAGCUCAGUUUUCUACCGGUUCUAGUUUAUCCACUGGACCUGGAUUUCAAUCUUUCAGGCCUGAUUCUCUUGGGCCUACGGGACUAGUACCUACGACCCUUUCCUCGUCAUCCAGUUUAGCUCCUAGACCUUCUGGAGUUUCACAGACACCAAAUCUAGGUUCUGCUUACGGUGCACGACCCCUAAGUGGGCCAGGGGUGACCCCUCAUUGGCCGCAAAUGAGUGCAAAUGAUGUCCAGCGGUACACACGGGUGUUCAGUAAGGUGGACACUGAUCAAGAUGGGAAAAUUACAGGGGAGCAAGCACGCCAGCUUUUUCUUGGCUGGAAACUUCCGAGAGAGGUUCUUAAGCAGGUCUGGAAUCUUUCCGAUCAAGAUGGUGACAGCAUGCUAUCAAUUCGCGAGUUUUGCACAGCGCUUUAUCUGAUGGAGCGAUUCAGGGAAGGUCGACCUCUUCCUCCAAGUCUUCCACCAGGGAUUCACCUUGAUGAUCCCCGUGCUCCUGAAGGACAGAUUCCUGCAGGUCAGCGUCCUGGCUAUGGAAAUUCUAAUUGGCAACAAGGGAACAUGCAACAGAUGGGUCCCGGUUCUGCUCCUAUUCGUCCUACGCUUUUGACUACACCAGCAGGGCAGAUGCAUCUCCAAAGUUUAACAUCCAGCGGUGCAAUUAGCGCUGAACCUCCGAAAGAUGCCUUUGGAGAAUUCAAUUUUUUGAAUAAAAAGAAGCCAUCUUAUAAAGAAUUGCCAAGUUCCAUGCCUGGUCCGAAUUCCAUGCCAAAAGAGAUAGAAGUUUCUGUGAAUAAAGUUACCACAGAUAGGAGGAUGAUGGAUCAAAGAGAGAAGUCAGCGUAUUAUCGAACCAAACUUCAAGAAAUUGUUUUGUUCAAAAGUCGUUGUGAUAAUAAGCUAUCAGAGAUUACGGAGAAAGCUGCUGCAGACAAGCGAGAGGUGGACUCAUUGGCAAAGAAAUACGAUGAAAAGUUCAAAGCUGCCGCAGAAGUGAAUGCUCAGUUAGCUGUUGAGAAUGCGAAUCUUCGAGAUGCCCAGGAGAAGAAGAGGGAGCUUCAAGAUGCUCUUUUCAAGAUGGAACAUGGUGGUGACCCUAAUGCCCUUCUUCAGAAACGAGCAGACCACAUUGCAACUGACUUGGAUAAGUUAAAGAAGGCACUCCGUGAUCGUGGUCAACUUCUAGGCGUGGAGGUCAAACAAAAAAUCCCCAAGGAGAUGCCGUUUGGCUGGAUGAAAAAUCUCGAGGAGAAAGCUGCUGAAUGGGAUGACUGGGAUGAUCUUAUGGAUCGUGACUUCUCUGUGAUUGAAGAUCUGACAGAUCAGUCGACCACCGCGGACAAGCCUUCUGCUGCCGCCAGUUGGGGUAAAGAGGAAAACAAUUCAGCAAAGAUUGACUCUUCUCCUGCCUCUGAUACCAACACCAACCAAGGAAAGGAAGUUUCUUCUACCCCUGAGCCAUGUGUUCCAGACAAAACUUUCCAAACCCCCAAUGAAGUCUCACCAACAAACGAAGCCGAGGUUUCUGCAAGUGCUAUUUCGGCUUUAAAGCCUUCCUCUGAUGUAAAAGCUGAACUUACCUCAUCAGUUCCAGCAACCAAAGCCAGUGGAAGAUAUGCAAAUAUAACAGAGUCGCAGGAGUUUGGAUCAUACUUGUUUGACGGUUCAACACCUGCAAGUUCUCCUACGAGCAGUUCGGAAGUUGGGCGUGGGUCUUUCACACCAGAUGCCUUCGCUGGAAUUGGUUCUUCUUGGGGAUUUGGAUCCAACGAGGAUGAUGUAGAUUCGGGUCCCCGGGCUUCGUGGGGUCAACCGAGUAAUCCGCCCAGCACUCAGGCUUCUUUCGAUGUGACAAAUUCUCGUACUGGAACGCGAUUUAGCAAAUCAUCAGGUUCCUUCGACUUAGGCUCACCGCGAACUUCAAGUGUUGAUGGAACUUCUAGCCCCGUAAGGGCCGCAGAACGAAAUGGGACCAACCAAAGUCAUGACUUUGAUUCCUUCGGAGUUUUUGGCUCCAAAGAUUCUAACAAGUUGUCCUCAUUGUUUGGAGGAAAUUUAAGCCCUAAAGCUGCUGCUACACCUUCUUUAUUUGGUGGCAGCCCUAAAGCCUCUAAGCAGGAUGGUGAUUUCAGCAGCUUCUCGAGAUUUGAUUCUUUUGGACCUGGAGAUGCUGUAGCCCCACCCAGAGCUUCAGCAGCAGGUGGAGAUCAUCCCAGCAGUCUUUUUAACCGAUUCGACUCAUUCAACAGCGUCCAAGGUGAUGGAGCAAGGGGCAGUGGCUUUCACUCAGAUGAUGAAUCAAAUAUUUUCUCUGCGCCCAAACCUUUUAGUGCGAAACAGUCACAUGUAUCUGAUGGCUGGAAAGCUUUUUAGACAACAGUGUAGUUCAUGUUUGCCUCCGAUUGUAUGCUGCUUCCUGCUCUAGCACGCCUAGAUAGUCUUACUGUUUUGUGGCUGCAACUAUUACUUCACAAGUGUCCCCACCAUUCACAUUCCACAACUUGGUUUGAAUGAAGGUUUGGUUCAGUUCUCUUCAUCCCAGAGCUUUGUCAUUUGGACAUCAAUCCUUUCUUUGGCCUAGAUAGUAGAUUUCUAUUCUUUUGUUUCUACACCUUGAUUUCGAGUAAAUGAUAUCGAACACGGUUGUAGAGUUAUGCGAAGGAAUUCUC